AUUUAUUGGUUUGUUUACAAAAAUUAACAAAAUUAAAUUACCGUAAUGUGGAAGUUCUAAAAAUUCUUAAUUUAAGCAAGACGUGUAUUGUGUAAUUGUAAUGCACCCGUUACAAAUAGGGUCUUUUAAUUUACGUUCAUAAUCAGCAGUUAUGUAUUUCAGAGCGAAACCGUAUAAUUUCGAUAUUUGAUGUUUAGUUUUGUUAUGCUAUAACAGUACGAAACAAAUUUAAAUCGUUCAAAAUGAGUGGUGGACGUCAACGGUCUAUGUUCACGGUUCACCCAAACCAACAGUCGGAAUCAGGUAUACAUGGUCAAACUUAUUUAUUAGAAACACUGACAAACUGCACGGAUCCCCUAAAAGCUAUCGAAGAGUUCCAAGUAGACAAUGGAAUUCAUUUGCCGUCACUCCGUCAAAUGUUACCUUUGCUUGAUCUCCAUGGCAUUCGGCGUUUGGAUUUUCAUAACUCUAUAUUAGAGGCGCUGCGCGAUAAAUUAGUGGCUCAUAUCGAAGAAAUUGGUAAAAAAGAAGGACGUGACCGGGAUCGUAAGCUCAAGGACAUGUUGGCAAAGAGUUUUCCUUCAGUUCACAUAAAACAACUAAGACCCAUAAUUAUGGCUAUUCUGAAAAACAUAUCUCAUAUCGAUGAUAAAUACUUAAAUGUAUUAGUUAAAGACACUGAACUUUAUAAAGAUACAGACACAGAAGUGAAACGACAAAUUUGGAAGGACAAUCAAUCGCUAUUAGUUAAUGAAGUUUCACCUCUACUAACACAGUACAUAAGGGAAAAAGAAAAUAUUCUUUUCGACCACAAUAAUUUGACAAAUUUAUUCUUCACACCGUCGCCAAAAUUACGACGUCAAGGAGAAGUGGUACAAAAACUCGCACAUAUGAUAGGCUCGAGUGUAAAAUUAUACGAUAUGGUUUUGCAAUUUUUGAGAACAUUAUUCUUGCGUACUCACAAUGUACAUUAUUGUACACUAAGAGCUGAACUUUUGAUGGCAUUGCACGAUCUGGAAAUUCAAGAUAUUAUAUCCAUUGAUCCGUGUCAUAAGUUCACAUGGUGUCUCGAUGCUUGUAUUCGAGAACGCAAUGUUGAUGUUAAACGGUCCCGUGAACUUCAAGGGUUUUUAGAUAGCAUUAAAAGAGGACACGAAACAGUAUUAGGAGAUUUAUCCAUGACAUUAUGUGAUCCGUACGCCAUCAAUUUCUUAGCGACUUCAACUAUUCGAAUACUUCAUCAUUUAAUUAACAAUGAAAAUUUACCAAGGGAAAAUCAUGUAUUAGUUCUGUUAUUGAGGAUGUUGUCUCUUGGUUUGAGCGCUUGGGUUAUGAUUGAUACCCAAGACUUCAAGGAACCAAAAUUGGACAGUCAAGUAGUCACUAAGUUUAUGCCUGCCUUGAUGUCACUCAUGGUAGAUGAUCAAGUUAGGGCUUUAAAUACUAAAAUGCCUCCUGAUGAAAGGGAAUCUGCAAUUACCAUUAUUGAACACUCUGGACCGGUUCCAGAUGCUGUGCAAGCAUAUAUACAAGAGAGUAGCGUUGCAUGUACAGUCGCCAUGUAUUAUACAUUACAUGUUGCUAAAGCUAAAGACAGAUUAGCAUUGAUGAGAAUAUUGGGAUCUUUGGCCAACUGUGAUCAUGACCGUGCUUUCGAGGAUCCAUUUCUUCAUUUUUUGGUGGCGCUAUUAAUACAACAGGUCGAAGAAUUUGCUGCUGAAGAUUUUUGUACUGUUAUCUUUGAUGAAUUUUUUUGUACCGGACUGAGCAGAGAAAAUGUAGUUAGACAUGUAUUAAAACUAGUGUGGCAUGUUUAUCCAAAGUUACCACCAAGUAGAUUAAGUACAUUAACCAAAGUUUUACAACCAAGUUCAACACAUGAUGAGGCUGUACACAAACUAUACACAGACUUUGUAGAAAAAAUUUCAACAGACACAGAACCUCCACCAGAACCACCGAGUUUCGAUUAUUUGGAAUCGCCAUUGAUGAGUGUACCUACACCGUCACAUUAUUGAACUAUAAUCUAUUGUAUAUUUUAUCAAUACCAUUUAAUAAUAGUUAUUAUUAUUACCUAUAGUUUUAAAAUAAUAUAAUAUUAUGACAGUAGAUUUCUGACGUAAAAUAAAAUAAGAUUUAUUAAAAUA